GUUGAUGCCCCCAAGGGGGAGUCUUAUCACCGCUUUUGUGGAAUCUCGUAGCAGAUACGCUAUUGAGGCAACUCAAUAAUAGCGGUUUUCCUACUUAUGGUUUUGCCGACGACUACCUAACAUUGUUAGUUGGUAUGUGCAUCAGCACCCUUUUCGACCUGAUGCAAAACGCCCUUCAGGUAGUUGAGGGUUGGUGUCGCCAAUAUGGCCUUUCGGUUAAUCCGAGUAAAACAUCUAUUGUACUUUUCACGGAAAGGCGAAACCGUAAUGGCGUUCGACCUUUGCGUCUCUUUGAUUCUGAAAUCGAUGUGACUGAACAGGUAAAGUACGUUGGAGUCAUUUUUGAUUCCAAGCUUUCCUGGACACCUCACAUUGAGUUCAGAAUCAAGAAAGCUUGUAUGGCCUUCGGGCAAUGCCGGCGUACUUUUGGUACAACUUGGGGUCUAAAACCCAAGUAUAUCAAAUGGAUUUACACAACUGUGGUUCGGCCAAUAUUGGCUUAUGGAUGUCUUGUGUGGUGGCAAAAGGAAUGAAAUGAGAACGGUCCAAUCAAAAUUAGGCCAUCUCCAAAGGAUGUGCUUAAUGGCGAUGUCUGGAGCGUUCUUUUCAACUCCUACGGCAGCGCUAGAAGUUCUCUUUGACGUUGCCCCACUACACAUUCAUCUCAAACAAGAAGCCCUUUCUUGCACUUACCGGUUACGGGUACUUGGUCUACUAGAGGAAACUCCUGUGAACCGCACAUCAAUACACACCUCGUUGUUUCCACUUUUAGUGAAUUGGGACAAAAUUGUCCUUGCUCCAAGUGAUCUUACAAUUGCUUGUAAUUUUCCAUAUAGGACAUUUUCCACGAAAGUCCCUUCCCGGGAAGAGUGCACAUCUGGUUAUCUGGAGAGAAGUAUUUCAGACGGCAUCGUAUGUUACACUGAUGGCUCCCUUCUCGAAGGUCGAGCAGGUGCUGGUGUUUAUUCUCGUGAGCUAAGGCUGUAUCAGUCUUAUUCACUUGGUAGACACUGCACCGUUUUUCAGGCCGAAAUCUUUGCUCUUAUGUGCGGAGUGCAAUCAGCACUUCAGCAGCACGGAAUGGGCAAAGUAAUAUACUUCUGUUCAGAUAGCCAGGCUGCUGUUAAAGCACUUGCUUCGGCCAACUCCAGGUCGAAGAUAGUUAUCGCUUGUCGAACUCAAAUCGAGGAGCUGAAUUCAGCAAACGCUGUUCACCUUCUAUGGGUACCUGGUCAUUCUUCCAUCGCUGGAAAUGAAUUGGCUGAUGAGCUAGCUCGCUCUGGAGCAUCACAUGACUUCAUUGGCCCUGAGCCAGCUAUUCCGAUAUCGAAGUGUUGGAUUAAGCUUCAGAUUCACACCUGGGCUGUCACUCAACACAGACAAUAUUGGAAUAGUUUGGAGUCAUGUCGUCAAACCAAAUUGUAUAGUGCUGAGCCAUCUCUAUGGGUGGCGAAGUAUCUAACUAAUAUGUCUAAGCAGAAUUGCAGCAUGCUGGUCAAAGCAUUGACUGGUCACUGCCGACUCAGCUAUCACAUGGCGAUUAUUCAGCAAGCUGAUUCAUUUGCCUGUGAUAGCUGUGAAUCCGAUUAUGGAACUUCGUAUCAUUUGAUAUGUAACUGUCCAGUUUUCGCGCAACUGCGUUUCCGAGUAUUCGGUAAACACUUAUUAAGUGAAACUGACUUCAGAAACCUGAAUCUUCAGGAUAUUCUGUUGUUCUUAACCCGCUGUGGUAAAGAGCUAUAGGCUCUCUUUCGCUUUAUGCGUUAUUACAGUGCCCUUUUCAGGGCGCUGUUUGAACCCAUUGUGGUACGCUUGUGCGUUAGUACCCUCUUCCAGGGUAUUUUUCCUAUUUCCCUACCUGUCCCUAUCCCCAUCCAAAUCCUUUUUCCUCCCUUUUCCCUCAGGUAGAUGAUGAAAUAGGCUGUUAUUUUGGCGAUGGCACAAAUGUCCCAAAUGGAGGAUAACGUGCCUCUGGAGCCGGCCUUCUGAUACCUGAUACCCC